CUUCUCUUAAAAAGAAAACUAAAUUAAAAAAGCCUAAAGAAAUCCCCACACGAUCACUCAGUUCCUCCCGUCCUUUCCUUCACGGUCUCUCAACUUUUUUCCUUUUUUUUUUAUUUCCUUCAAAAAUUGUACUGUGUUUUUGUCCUGUUCUCGUUGCCGGAGAUUCGAUGCUCGUGGCCGGAGAUAAUGGAUGCCCCGGCAAUCGAUUUAUCUCCCAGUAGCCACAGUGAAAGCGUGACGCAACCGUGUUUAAUUACGGUGACUUUUCUUGCUGGUUUCUAGAGAAAACCCUAAGCAAAAGCGAAUUUUUUUAAAGCUUAGCAGAGUUUAGAAGUUAUUCUAUGCUCUGUCUUGCGAAUCAGAGGCAAGCAAAAGAAGAGAAGAAAAGAAAAGGAGAGAGAGAAAAAAAUCUAUAUAAUGGUGAGGGAGAUGGGAAGGAAGCUUCUAGUUCUGGGCUAAAAUGGCCAUGUCUUCUGUUUCGAACUUGAGAGGAGUCCUGAAUUCCGGUAAACGCAUUUAGCCUUUGCGGCGGAAAUCCAGUAAGCGGAUUCCAUUAUCUUCGCCCUCGCCUGUGGCAAAUUUUGUUGUUAUUGACCGAGGUCCUGGAGUUUGAAUUUUUUUUUUUGUUUGGAUUUUCUUCAGACGAUUGCGGUUACUCGUAUCUUGCUUUGUUGAAGUUUUUUUUUUUUUUUUGUACCGAGGGCCAAGUAUCUGAAUAGGAAUUUUGAGUUUUUGGUGGUUGUAUAGGUAAUCCAGUGGUUUAGGUUAGAUGGUUGAUUUGUAAUAAUGGAGAUGAACAGAGUUGUUGAGGGAGUGUGGAAGUGGUAAUUGCGUGAUCGAUUGAUUACUUUUCCGAGCGCCGAUCAUGCCUCUGACUAUGAAGAUUCAGCCGAUCGACUCACACGCUCCCGAGGAGCGCGCUCGAGUGGAGGCAGUGAAGCCGGUGGUGAAAUCAAGACUGAAGCGGCUGUUCGAGCGGCAGUUCUUGCGGAGCUCCGCCGCCGAGAAAGUCGUCGAGGAACCGCAUUCCAACGGUGAGCUUGAGCCGAGCUCCCUGUGCUUAGCCAACAUGGUGCAGAGCUUUAUCGAGGACAACAACGAGAAGCAGCAGUCAGUCAAGUGUGGCCGCAACCGCUGUAACUGCUUCAACGGCAACUGCGACGAUAGCUCAGAAGAUGAAUUUGACUAUUUUGAAAGCGGCGGCGAAUGGAACCGCGCUUCCUCCGUCGUCGGCGACGCGUGUGAAGUUCUGAAGAGUUUGGUGCCUUGUGCAAGCGUGGCAGAGAGGAAUCUACUGGCGGACACCGCUAAGAUCGUUGAUAAGAACAAGAUUGGCAAACGUAAUGACGAAUUUUGCAGGAAGAUUGUCACUGAUGGUUUGACAGCUCUCGGCUACGACGCUUCUAUUUGCAAGUCUCGAUGGGAGAAAUCUGUGUCUCACCCCGCUGGGGAAUACGAAUACAUAGAUGUUGUGAUGAUUCCAGGGGCCGAGAGGUUUCUAAUCGACAUUGAUUUUCGCUCGGAAUUUGAGAUUGCUCGGCCGACAAAGGCCUACAAGUUGGUCCUCCAGACGCUGCCAUACAUCUUCGUUGGGAAUUCGGAACGCCUUCAGAAGAUUGUGGGGAUUGUAUCUGAGGCAGCCAAGCAGAGCAUGAAGAAGAAGGGAAUGCACAUUCCGCCAUGGAGGAAAGUGGAGUACUUCAAAGCGAAAUGGCUCUCCCAUUACACUAGAACGACGCCAUCACCUGCUGAGCAUCAGAAGAAGCAACUUCUGGUUCCAGAUAGUAGUAAGUUGGAAGUGGCUUUUGAAGAGCAGGACCCGGGGGCAACUGAGACUCCGGAGCUGGCUCUGGCUUCCACUCUGAAGAGUGAUGAGCAGGAACAAGAGAAGGCCGAAUCAGUUUUAGUUUCGACUCCGAAAAGUCAUGACCAGGAAGAAGCACAAGAGCUGGUGACAGCCAUGGUGGUUGCGAAGUGGAAUCCACCUGAGACCCUGCCCAAAAGUUCUUCUCAGAGGAGGGCCAAGGUCGUUACCGGUUUGGCUUCGGUCAUUGCGGACUAGCCGGAGAAAUUUUGAUCUUUGUGUUUUGCCCUUGCACCUUUUUUGUUUGUUUGUUUGUUUUGUGUCCAGAAGACUCCAGAGUUUCCCAGUUAGUUAUUCCGGAGACCGGAGUAGUAACUAGUAUGAUAUAACUGAUCAAAUCCCCUUCUGCUUUUUUGUGUAAGGGUCUGAUUUUACUAAUAUCAAUAAGACUACGACUAUUACUACUACUGAGCA